AUGGUGGCGCAGGGCUAGUGCUCCGGAGCGUGCCGGGCGCCGUCUCCCCGCGCGGGGGCACCAGAGCCCUCGGAAGUGUCAGGCACUGCGGCGCAUUUUCCUAGUUCCCUUUUAAAUGACUGCGGAAAAACAGAUUCUCUGAGCCGCAAAUGGAAAGAAGGAUUCUCAGACGAGACUCGCGAAAGCCCCGCAGCCACCAUUUAACUGCGCCCGCACAGCAGUUACGGUUUGACACCCGACCCUCCCCUCCCGGACGGCCUCCUUUGUCCCCAGUGGGCCCCGAGGCUCUGCCCGCUCCGGGGUUCUCCUUAGCUGGAUGCACGCUGUGCUCCGGGCAGCGAGGGCGCCGGGCACGCGUCCGCGCACACCGCACGCACGCAAGGGUGACAGUCUCCACUGUGGUGGCAGAAGGGACCUCUGUGGGAACUAGGGGCCGAGAGGCGUCGAGCGGCGGAACGGUCCGUGCCAGAGACUAAUUUUCUGGAGUUUCUGCCCCUGCUCUGCGUCAGCCCUCACGUCACUUCGCCAGCAGUAGCAGAGGCGGCGGCGGCGGCGGCUCCCGGAAUUGGGCUGGAGCCGGAGCCGGAGCCGGAGCCGGAGCCUCGCCGCUCCUUCUCGCGCGCGCCGCGCUCCGAGCCAACGGCAAGAGGAGCCUGGACCCGGGCGCAGAGCUGGCCCCGAGGUGCGUGCCGGAUCCCCGUGCGCGUCUAGCCAGGAGUCUGCGCCCUAGAGCAUCCGCAGCGCCCGCGGGCUGGUGCCCAGCGUGCUAACCAUGCGUCUGCGGCCACGGCGGAGUUGCGAGCACCUUUAGCGCCCCCUGCGAAGCACCUCGCGAUGCCCCAGCCACUGUGAACCUUGCCUCCUUACGCUGAGCCCGGGAUAUCAGCCUUGGACACCCUGGACUCUGCGCGAGCCCGCGACAAACACAGAAGCGUCCAGACGGCAGAAAGUGCAGGAAGGCCUCCCAGCUCCAGCAGGGGAAGCCGGUGGGUGCGGCGCGGGGACACGCACCCCGGCUGGCACUUGCGACUAGGGAUGUCGAGCUGGACGAGGUGGCAUGGACCCGCCAUGGCGCGGCUUUGGGGCUUCUGCUGGCUGGUUGUGGGCUUCUGGAGAUCCGCUCUCGCCUGUCCCCAGUCCUGCAAAUGCAGUGCCUCUCGGAUUUGGUGCGGCGACCCUUCUCCUGGCAUCGUGGCAUUUCCGAGGUUGGAGCCCAACAGUGCAGACCCGGAGAACAUCACAGAAAUUUUUAUUGCAAAUCAGAAGAGGCUAGAAAUCAUAAACGAAGGUGAUGUGGAAGCCUACGUGGGACUGAGAAACCUGACAAUCGUGGAUUCUGGAUUAAAAUUUGUGGCUUACAAAGCAUUUCUGAGAAACAGCAACCUGCAGCACAUCAAUUUCACUCGAAAUAAACUGACGAGUUUGUCUAGGAAACAUUUCCGGCACCUUGACUUAUCUGAGCUGAUCCUCGUGGGCAAUCCAUUUACAUGCUCCUGUGACAUUAUGUGGAUCAAGACUCUCCAAGAGAUUAAAUCCAGUCCAGAAACUCAGGAUUUGUACUGCCUAAAUGAAAGCAGCAAGAAUAUUCCCCUGGCAAACCUGCAGAUACCCAACUGUGGGUUGCCAUCUGCAAGUCUGGCUGCAGUCAAUCUCACUGUGGAGGAAGGAAAGUCUAUCACCUUGUCCUGUAGUGUGGCAGGUGACCCACUUCCUAAUAUGUACUGGGAUGUCAGGAAUCUGGUUUCCAAGCACAUGAAUGAAACAAGCCAGACUCAGGGCUCUUUGAGGAUAACUAACAUUUCAGCUGAUGACAGUGGAAAGCAAAUCUCGUGUGUGGCAGAAAACCUUGUAGGAGAAGAUCAGGAUUCUGUCAACCUCACUGUGCACUUUGCACCAACUAUCACAUUUCUCGAAUCUCCAACCUCAGACCACCACUGGUGCAUCCCAUUCACUGUGAAAGGCAACCCCAAACCAGCGCUUCAGUGGUUCUAUAAUGGGGCAAUACUGAAUGAGUCCAAAUACAUCUGUACUAAAAUUCACGUUACCAAUCACACGGAGUACCAUGGCUGCCUCCAGCUGGAUAAUCCCACCCACAUGAACAAUGGGGACUACACACUGAUUGCCCAGAAUGAGUAUGGAAAGGACGAGAGACAAGUCUCUGCUCACUUCAUGGGCUGGCCCGGGGACAUCGAUGGUGACAACCCAGAUUAUCUAGGUGGAAUUUAUGAAGACUGGACUACAACAAGUGACACUACAAACAGAAGCAGUGAAACUCCCUCCACAGUUGCUGACAAAACUGGCCGGGAACAUCUCUCAGUCUAUGCUGUGGUGGUGAUAGCAUCUGUGGUGGGAUUCUGUCUGCUGGUGAUGCUGUUCCUGCUUAAGUUGGCAAGACACUCCAAGUUUGGCAUGAAAGAUUUCUCAUGGUUUGGAUUUGGGAAAGUAAAAUCAAGACAAGGUGUUGGCCCAGCUUCAGUUAUCAGCAAUGAUGAUGACUCCGCCAGCCCACUGCACCAUAUCUCCAAUGGGAGUAAUACUCCAUCUUCUUCAGAGGGCGGCCCAGAUGCUGUCAUUAUUGGAAUGACCAAAAUUCCUGUCAUUGAAAAUCCCCAGUACUUUGGCAUUACCAACAGUCAGCUCAAGCCAGACACAUUUGUUCAGCACAUCAAGCGACAUAACAUUGUUCUGAAAAGGGAGCUAGGCGAAGGAGCCUUUGGAAAAGUUUUCCUAGCUGAAUGCUAUAACCUCUGUCCUGAGCAGGAUAAGAUCUUGGUGGCAGUGAAGACACUGAAGGAUGCCAGUGACAAUGCACGCAAGGACUUCCACCGCGAGGCUGAGCUGCUGACCAACCUCCAGCAUGAGCACAUUGUCAAGUUCUAUGGUGUCUGCGUGGAGGGUGACCCACUCAUCAUGGUCUUUGAGUACAUGAAGCAUGGGGACCUGAACAAGUUCCUUAGGGCACAUGGACCUGAUGCAGUGCUGAUGGCCGAGGGCAGCCCACCCACGGAGCUGACACAGUCACAGAUGCUGCACAUCGCCCAGCAGAUCGCCGCAGGCAUGGUCUACCUGGCAUCUCAGCACUUCGUGCACCGUGACCUGGCCACUCGCAACUGCCUGGUGGGGGAGAACUUGCUGGUGAAGAUUGGGGACUUCGGGAUGUCACGUGACGUGUACAGCACUGACUACUACAGGGUCGGUGGACACACGAUGCUGCCCAUUCGCUGGAUGCCUCCAGAGAGCAUCAUGUAUAGGAAGUUCACCACAGAGAGCGACGUCUGGAGCCUGGGGGUUGUGUUGUGGGAGAUCUUCACUUACGGCAAACAGCCUUGGUACCAACUGUCAAACAAUGAGGUCAUCGAGUGCAUCACACAGGGCCGAGUCCUUCAGCGACCUCGCACGUGCCCCCAGGAAGUGUACGAGCUGAUGCUGGGGUGCUGGCAGCGAGAGCCCCACAUGAGGAAGAACAUCAAGGGCAUCCACACCCUCCUUCAGAACUUGGCCAAGGCAUCUCCGGUCUACCUGGACAUUCUAGGCUAGGGCCCUCUCCCCAAACCGAUCCUUCCCAACACACUCCUCAGAUGGGUGAGAGGAUGAACAUCUUUUACUGCCGCUGGAUGCCACGAGGCUACUGUAUUAACAAGUAGCUCUGACAGUAUUAACGAGACCCUGCAAUGCUCUCAGACUGAAGCAAUGUGGACUUCUCCAUCCACAGAUGCAGUAUUGACUUCUUUUUGGCAUAUCUCUUUCUCUCUUUCCAUCUCCCUUGGUUUGUUCCUUUCUUUUUCUUUUCUAUUUUUUUCUUUUUUGUUUUUGCUUUUGUCUGUUUUCCUGCUUCACAGUCCUUCCUCCCUCUUUUUAAUCAAUCUGGCUUCUGCAUUACUAUUAACUCUGCAUAGACAAAGGCCUUAACAAACCUAAUUUGUUAUAUCAGCAGACGCUCCAGUUUGCCCACCACAACUAACAAUGCCUUGUUGUAUUCCUGCCUUUGAUGUGGAUGAAAAAAGGGAAACAAAUAUUUGACUUAAACUUUGUCACUUCUGCUGUACAGACAUCGAGAGUUUCUAUGGAUUCACUUCGAUUUAUUUAUUAUUAUUACUCUUGUUAUUAUUUUUGGAUGGCUUAAGCCUUUGUGUGAAAAGGAAGAUUUGUGUUCAAUCUGGGAGAACUUUAUGUGUGGGAGAUUAAACCAGAGAGAGAGAAGAUUUAUUAUAAACUGCUGUUUGGGAAAAACAAAGGCAACUACUGUGAUCAGCUAGGAUCAGUCCCAACUUAGGACAAACUCAGCAACCGUUUGCUGGAGGAAUGUAUUCAGCGCCUUCCCCUGAGGACCUUCUGAGGAGUACACAGACAGUCAAACUCUGCCGUGGACCUUUACCAUCUCCAGACAAGCUAGUGUGCAGCAGAGAGAAAACAUAACUUCUAGGAGCACAGGACAGUGCGUCACGCGCUCAGACACAGUCUUGUCUUGGUCGAUUAUGAUGACAGCGCUGGGGUCUUUCUCAAGUGUUAGGGACCAAACCUUUGUCAAGCCCAGUUGAAAAGAGGUAGAUUCUGGUCCAGAGAUCAUUUAGGGUCAGGUAGGAAACAAGGACUUGGAGAAAUAGGACAAGCUCUCAAUUUGGAGGCAAGUUUCUCUUAUAUUGAACUUCAGACAGCAAGUACCUCCUUCUGACCCCCACCCUCCACUUCCACCUGUCCUUUUAACUGUGCAAGUAAAAUUGUGCAUGGUCUUCAUCGAUUAACACCUUGUGUGCAAAAACUAACACUCCAGACGUCAUGACCUUGGUAGGUAGAGCAGAUCCAUAAAAGGUACAGUUUAUAUGAUUAAGGGAUGCUGAUGGCAUUCAUUUAGCUGGGAAUAAAUGUCUUGGCAUGGUACAGUUGGUAGUGAUGGGUCUUACUGAAUAUGUACCCUGAACCCUGGGUAUCUUCAUUCAAGUAGAUCCCACAGGACUCUGGAAUAGGUGGAAUCCAUCCCCGAGGGACAGGAAGCCUUGUCAGGCACAUCACACGCAUCAUGUUCAGUGUGCACAGGCCGAGUCUCUUGCUCUAGGCUCUGGUUGGGAGAGCAGUUUCAUUCCAAAUGUAUUCCAUUGUCAAUAUGCAGUUUUGUUUUUUUCACUCCAUUAAAAAAGAGAAAAACAAUCUUAAAAAUUGGCAUGAGAUGCCAGUAGGAGGCCAUGCCCAGACUGAGCAUUGGAGGUGUGCUGCUGGGCAUAGUCAUUAGUCUUGAGAAAAGAGAGUGUAAAUUUGAAUAGAAAUUUACAGUUUUUUAGAGAAUCAGUUAUGCCAAAGGGGAAAACUAUUUCUGCUCCUAAAGAAAAUGUGCUACCCUCUAUGAGGGGAAUUUUGCUAAAUCUGACAUCUUUAGAGUGCAGCCAGAUUGGAAAGGAGUGAUUUUAAUUCAUCUUCGGUCAUUUUAUUUACUAUGUGUUUCUGAAGGUGCAAGAGCUCUGUUUAGGUUUUGCUUAUGCCCAUUAUUUACUGGAGCACUUUGUUUUCCUUUAUAGGCUUUGAGUAUCAAAAUCUCAAAAGUAUAAAUUAACAGAGAACAAAACGAAAUUCAGCAGCAUCUGUGGUCAAGUGAGGGGGUUGGAUAAGAUGUACCAUACAGUCCCUUCGGACUCUGGACUGACCCAGAAGAGAUGGGAGUUGGGGCAUUUGUUCUCUUUGUCAGUGAAAACAAGCCCUUCCAGAACACACAUAAUAAUAUAAUGAAAGCCAUAUCUCCAUGAUAUAUGCAUGCAUGUGUAUAUAUUAUAUUAAGGACCCAUGGUACUGUUACAACACUGUGGAGCUCUGUGAAUCAGCAAGUAAGGGGCAGAUUUGUCCAAACUCUUCUAGACUUCAUCAGAGAUGACCUGAAAACACACACAAGUUUGUGUUUGACCAGCUGCUCUGGGAGAAAAAAUUGCAAGUUAUCUUUUAAUUUAACUGAGAACAAAAGAGAUAAUACUUAGAGGGAUCUAGGUCAAAGAGGGUGGUGCAGUUUCAGGGCAAAGAUUUAUUGAAGGGAGAUCAGAAGGUAGGAAUGUUCUGUUCCAGUUGUGUGUUUCCUCAGAAGGAAAAAAGCAAAAAAUGAAAAUAAAAAAUUUUCCUUACACCUUCGGACAAGUCCCUCAAGGUCUUGAAAUGAAAGGUACUAUGCAAGUGCAAAGUUUUAUAGUUAUUUAUAUUGAUUAUUAUUACUGUUAUCAUUUUUACUCCCUAUGUUGUCUCAAGAGUAUGUGCUGACUUUAGAGAUGUCUUUCUCUGAAAGAACAUUGGGCUGCUUUUAAGAGUUGAACAAGCUACAGAAUAUCUUGAAAUACUCACUGCUAUUCUUCUACCACCUCUUUUUCUAUGGCUUCCUAAAUUUUAGCAAAGCAGCAUCUUCAUUCUACAUGUAGUAAUCACCAAAUAUGGCCUGUUAUCAAACCCCUUUAGAACUGCAACAAUAGCAGUGACAAAACUAAUCUCUUACUCAAGCCCAGUCUGACAGCCAUUUCUGUUUAUCAGUUGUUUUAACUGUUUCCCCCAUAUGUUUGCAAAUUAUUCCUAUGUUUUAUAGAUGAGGAAACUGAGACUCAGAGACUCUCAAGAGCCAGGCCAGAAGUCUCCAGCUGAACUUCCAGCAUCAAUGGGGUUUCAUCCACAUACUCCAACUGUAUAAGUCAAUGAUUCUGUCCACUUGGGACACACUAAUAGAAAAGCAUUUCAGGAAAGAAAGUAUGGUAACUAAUUCAUGAAGCAGGAUAUGAAGUUAGAAAAAUGAAAGGCAAUACAUAAGAUGACAAACAGCUGAGAUAUUGUGAUAUAUAAUCAUGUUCUUAGCUUCAGCUACAUCCUUGUACACUGAAUGUGUGUCAUAAUCAGGCUUAUUUAGAAAAUAUUUUUAACUAUGCUAUCAAGGAUUAUAUCAGAACAAUUCAUAUUAUACAUGUGUUCACAUCAGCGUUACCUAUGGUAUUUUCCUGUAUUUAUAUAUGUUAUAUGCUUGAUUUAUACAUAUACAAAUGCACAUACAUACAUAGUGUGUUUGUGUGUUUAUGUAUAAAUAUAUAGGCACAUGGUAAUAGAGAUAAUUAUAGGUAGAUGCAGUAUGAAUAAUUUGCUUACGUCUGCUAAAGAACCAAAACUCAUUAAUGUCCCGUUGCAAUUAGAGCUUCCAUUCUCUAUGUGGGUAGGACAUCACACUUUUCAACUCUGUGCCGUACUGUAUGGAUGGAAGACAUAUUUAAGAUAAUGUGCUUCCCCAAACAACAAAAUAAAAGCCAUCUCACUAGGGUUCUUUCUUUGGCUCCUUGCAAAGGAAAGUGCAGACUGAAAUAGAGCUUCUUAUGUCGAAGUCCAGGAAAGAAAGGUUAAUUUUUUUGGCCGUUUUACACAUUUGUAUGAUGUUCGCCUUGUCCCACUGUAACCCUUUACACUUGUGUCCAUAGUUGAAGUAGUCCAGAUACAAACUGGAAUGUUGGAGGCAAAUAAGAAGAAAUUCAAGUGAUGAGCGAUAGAAGCAAGUCUUAGGAAUGUCUACAUCCAAGUGCAAAUGUACCAACCAAUGGUGUAAAGUACUGUAUUUUGCAGAGCCUCAGACAACAAGAUUCCCUGGUCAACAAUGAACAUUUUUUGGACCUUUCUUUUUGCAAAUUGAAUAUAAUACAAACAAUGUUAAAUUGUAUCUAAUUUUUAAAAUGACUGCAUAUACACACAUUCCCUUAAUUCUCUUGAUUCUCCUAACACUUUUUCUCCCCUAUUUGAGGACUUUAUUUCCAGUGUUGACCUUCAGUUUAGCCCUAUAACUCUUUUACGUGAAAUCUCAUGAAAGGAAUGGCUGGUAUAACCUAGCUCUCCCAGAAUGUCUAAGUUCACAGUCACCCAAUUCUUCACAAUGUGUAAUUGGAAUACACAGACUCAGGUUGUGAUAGUUUAAAUAAAUUUCAAAUGUUAUUCUAAAGAAUCAGAGGUGGGAGGAUCAUAGUUAAAAUGAAAGGGUACAGGAAAGGGUAUUUUCUUGUUGUCAGGGCUGGAAUGAAUCACUGCUGCUCAAGUCAAAGGUUCUUGAACAUAUUUAGUUUUUUCCACUCCUCUUUCUUUCCCUUUGACUUUUAUUUAUUUAACUAUGUAUUUAUUUACUCACACACUUGCACCAUUCAUCACAAACACAAAGCAAAGCAAAAAAAAUACAUAUACUUAUAUGUGUUGCAGGCAAAACACUGUGAAUCUCACAACCACCACCAAGCAACUACUCUGCCAUCCUAACACGUCUCAGGUGAUGGAAUGGGAAAAGAGGAGAAUGCCAGUGUUCAGUUUAUGCAUUCUAGGCCAGGUCUGUUUAUUUUAUUUAUUUGGUCUGUGCAUUAAUAAAAACGAUCUUGAGUAAAAGUUGGCUGAACAUUCAACAUACAAGAGCAAGAAAAAUAAAAGCUGCUAGUAGCCAUGUGUUUUAACAAGGAGAUAAAUUGAAGAAAAUGAUAUGUAAAGGCCUCUAUAUCUUGCAGCUUGUAUAUCUUAUUAUUGCUUUUUAAAUGUAUAAAACAGCUGGAAAUGUUUCAAAUACAAGGCCUUUGAAUUCAGUGUGGAUUUUAAAUAUGUAAUCCCUUGACAAAUGACAAAAUCAUGUUGAAAUAUCGCUCCUUGCAUCCCCUUGAUCAUUACUCAUUUGAAAAUCUGCCUAGAGGUGUGGACGCUCUACAUUUGCUUCUGUAUCUGGAGAGAUGUUUGUAUAUAUCCAGGCCGUAGAACAUUCAUUUCAAUACUCUCUGCAGAUCCAUCUCCCCUCAAUGGUGACCUGGUAUUUGGAACUCUCUCUCUUUUCAUUUGGUUUAUUUUUCUUUUAAUGUGUUGUCUCUGUGCUGACACUUAAUAGUUCUUGUUUUGCAAUCUGUUUUGAGGACAAUUGCUUUACUAAGAUCCACUGCAUCUUGGCUGAUUUCAAAGUGACACCUGAACACAGUGUUUAAAAAGGUUUUGUUUGUAAAUCAUGUGACCAGCUUCUCUCAACCUGACAUGGAAAGUCUCUUGUACUACAGUGUAUUUAUUAAAAAUGAUGUCUUACAAUAAAUAACAUCCUCCAAAAGAGA